UUCAACGUCCAGCAUCUCACUUCCAGGUAGUUGAUGUUAGUGACUGCUCUGUUCGGCUGAUCCGCUCGUUCUGGGUCGACUCAAGCGAAGAGGAGAGAAUAUUAUAUGUCAGGAUUUUGUUACCAGGAAGUGGGUCGAGUUAUUUAUAUUUCAACACUCGUCCUCUCGUACCCGAGGGAGAACCAGUGUUAGUAACCUGAAACCAUAUAUGUUCAAACAUUGUCUGGUUCUGGAUGCAUCAAACUGAAGGAGAACAAUUGGCUUUAUGUUGAGGACCGGUGAGAACCAAGAAAAAGAUAUCUAUAGAUGUAAAUAAUGUAACGACAGCAGCGACCCUGUGAGGGAUUCAACAUUGGCAGAGUUUCCAGUAUUCUCAACCUCGGGAUCAGACUCACUCACUCACUCUGCACGCUAGGAUUGCAUGAAGUACAAAAGAAGAUUGUGCAUAAAGCCAACAAAGCUAGUAACUUACAGUCCAGCGAAAGUAAAAAAUAGUGGAACAAUAAAGGUGAAGUGCUUGAUUAUACUUAUUAUAGUGUAUAACGACCUACAUGGGCUGGCUGCUGCUUUCAAACCUGAAGUGUGAGGAGAAUUAGAGGAUAAAGUUAAAGAUCAAUGGCAUUGAAAUUAAUAGUGAUAAGGGUUUGUAGUUACAGUACAAUCAUGUAUUGAUUUCUGUAAUAAGUUCUACUACAUGUCAUGCAGUUUUUUUAGCAAUUCACAUUCUGCACAUAAAAGCACUUUCUCUUCUUCAGGUGUUGGUAUGAAGCUCCAUGAGAAGCUUUUGACCCAUUACCUUUCAUGCACCUCUCCGGUAGAUAAAGAGGGAUAUCUCUGCAAAAAGAAAGAGAGAAAUGCCACCUACCAGCGGCGCUGGUUUGUCCUGAAGGCAAACCUGCUCUUCUACCAGGAGCGUCCAGCAGACCGACACCUGCUGGGUGUCAUCGUGCUGGAGGGGUGUGCAGUCCGACGCUCAGAGUCUGGUGUACAGUUUGCCUUUUCCCUGGUGUUUGAAGGGCCGGGACUCAAAACCUACAGAUUUGCAGCAGGGGAUGGUCAGACUCAAGAGAGCUGGGUGAAAGCUCUGCUCUCAGCCAGCCACUGUUACCUCUCCCUGCUGGUGAGAGACUUGGGGAGGCAGUAUGAAGAAGCUAAACAGCAACGAGGCUUAGGCGAGUCCUGUCACGGCUCCUUCAUCAAACAGACCACCACCAACUUCUUCUUCCCUGUGCAGGGGCCAACAGCUGAGGUCAGGGAGGGGAGGAGCUUCAGCGCCGGCACCGUUUUACAUGCACCGUCAAUACCCAACAGAGUGGUGCCUAAAAAGUCUCCUAAACUGUGGCCCAGGAGAAACGCUCACGUCACGCCACUCAAUGGACCGGCACCUUUGUACGGCGAAUGGCCUCUGGUGGGUUUUGAUCCACUCGAAGACUUUAAAAAACUUCAUGAUCACUAUGGCCAGGAGGUAAAGAAAGCCAGAGAGGAAUGGCUGAGGAGUCACCGAGCAGAAGAGGCACACAUUGAUGGAGAUCUUAUCGACCUGGGGUGAAAGAAAACCUACAGCCCACUACCAUUUAAGAGGAAGUGAAAUAAUGUGUCAAAAAGGAACUGAGCCUGAAGCGUUGUGGGUUUAACUGUACAUUUAACAACAGAGAGUUUGAGGCCCAGACACUUGUAAAUGUGCGAAAGUUUCCUCCAUUUUAUAUGAUGAGGUUAGAUCAUUUAUAUGUUAUCUAUGUUGUACAUUUCCAUGGGAUGCAUCAAAGAACAUGCAAGAAUCUGCACACAAAGUGUUAGAAGUGCAGCUGGUGUCUGCACAUCUGCACCUUUUGGGACAUGAAGAAGUUAUUCACAUGGCGCAAUUAAUAAGUUUGUCCAUGGUAUAAAAAUACCAUGAGCAAAGAGUAUUAUAAUAUUUUCAUUAACUGAAAACAUCUAUUCAAUCUAGAUCCUUUGAGACAAACAUUACUUUCUAGUUCAGAGCAUAAAAAAGAAAAUGUUACUGGAAGAAUCACAAGGCAUCAUAACACAAAUAGUACGAUUUACAUGUCAAGAUGUCAUCCAUGGAAAAGAACCUCUAUCCUUAUUUGUUCUGCUACCUCGAACUGGAACACCUGCUACUAAUUGCAUUGAAGAUAUUUCUGUACAUUUCCCUGCUGAGCAGGUUAGUAUUCAAAUUAUGCCAUUUAAAAGCUGUAUCUAUGGCAUAGAAAGGCUGUCUGAUGCAGUAUCGAGCAAAUAGUAUUAUAUAUUUU